UACUUUACCAUAUCUACCAAUACCUUACUUGUCAAUCCACCUAAGUCUGUCUAUCGACAACCAGAAGACAACAUCACCUACAAACCACAAACUCAAACUACACCUCAAAUCAAACAUCAACCUCAACCUACAUCAACCAUCCACAACAAAACCACCACAAUGGACUCUUCACAAAUCCAAGACCAACAACCGCAACAACCACAACAACAACAUCAACAAGAACACGCCCCCCAUCGGCAAAUGUCCUUCCCCCCUCAUGUCGCCCAGCUCGACUCCCCCGCCUGCCGCUCCGCCAUCCAGCACACCUCCUCGUGGAAGCCCAGCUCGCUUGACCGUCGCCAGAGCUGGAGCUCCCAGGACCAGAAGCACGCCCUGCAGAUGAGUGGCAUUGACCUCGAUAGCGUGCGGUCUGGACAUCAGGGCUUUACCGAGAGGACGUGAUGUCGUCUUUUGUUUCCUUCUCCCCCUCUAUACAUUAUUUCAACUCCCCCCUCUUGGGGAGAAAGAGAUGUUGUUGACGGAGGGAGUCAUCAUGAAGUUGAUGAAUGAAAACACAAAAG